AUGGAAGCGAUGGAUGUCGGGCGGGUGCACGGUGGCUUCCCCGGGGCCGCCCUGGCCCUCAAGGCGACUGUUGGCGAUGCUCUUUCUGGCCGAUCCGGAGAGAAAAUCCUGUCCCCCAUCACCUCCAAGGGCGACACGUUCUUCGUUCGGCACCACGCCGACGCCACGGACACGGAGGUCCUGAUUAUCGCCCUCUUCAUCGUCCUUCUCGAGCCCAGCGCCGAGGACACCGCCGAAUGGGCGGCGGGUUUGGCGCCUCUCGCGGCGCAGGCUGCGGAUGAGCAGGCGGGCUGGGCGACGUCGGCGGCGCCCGCCGGCUACUACGACCCGUUUCAGCGGCUCAUAGACGACAAGUGGCACAAGGAGACGUGCGAGGCCGUGAAGAAGGCGGUGGAGGGCUGGGAGGGCCGCGGCGCGCGCAAGGACGUGACAGUCGCCCACUUGCUCUCGUACCACUCCGGACUUAAAAAACACCCGGACCAUGGCGGGCUUGGCGGGCUGCCGCCGCGCAAGAGGCCGCCGAAGCGCUUCAACACGUGGGCGGCCACGCGCGUCGCCGACCUAAUCUACAGGCGCGGCCCAGUUUUGCGCGCGGCUCUCGGCUUGCCGCCGGCCGCCGCCGCGCUGCCUUCGGCGCCGUCGAUGGUCGAGGAGAACGCGGCGCUGACCGCGACCAUCGGGUUGAAGGACCAGAAGAUCGAGGCGCUCGAGCGCGAGCUGGCGGUUUGCCGCGCGCAGCGCGCGGACAAGGCCGACAAGCUCCACAAGGCGAAGAAGCGCGCGGAGCGUAAGCGGGCCGACGCGCGCAAGUUCAAGGAGGCGCAGCAGCGCGGCUACUCCGAGGCCCAGAAGGCGGCGCGGGCGGCGCAGCUCGCGACGCGCAAGCAGAAGUUCGACGCGGCGGUCGAGCGCGCGUCCUACGUGCGCGUCGUGACGCUGACGAAGAAGCUCGCGCGCGCAAACCAGAAGCUCGAGGACGCCGGCCUCGCGCACGCGGCGGCGCUCGACGUGAAGAAAACGGAGGUGGCUAAGGGCCCUCAAGCCGGCCCGCCGCCUUCAAGGGCCACCCGGCAAAACUGCCCAACUUAA